CUAUCUGAUUUGUAGAUGUGUGUAAUCUCAUAUUUGGAAAAAUUCAGAUUGGAAAUAUUUGUACCUACUAGCAUGAGUAUAGUUAAAUCGUUUCAAAUUUGAAGGACGAGAUGUUUCGAGAACAUUAUGGUGCUUCCAAAUAAGAAGUUUCGCCACAGAUGAAACAACUAGUUUAAAUACAUCUCUAACAACAAAGUAAAGAGGAUGUAUUGCCUACAGUGGCUAAUUCCAGUGCUCCUGAUACCAAAACCAGUAAAUCCAACACUGCUGCAAACGCACGUCAUGUUUAUGGCACUUUAUCUAAUUGGAUUCUUCCUAGAACGAAAACCAUGCACUGUUUGUAGUUUAGUAUUUCUUCUUGCAGUUUUCCUAAUUUGUUAUAGUGGCAUUGGUAAUUGUUUCCUUUGGAGUACAAAUUGUGAUACAGUGAGAUGUGACAAUAGUUAAGGUUAUUAGAACGUUCAUCCUAGGUUAAAAGAUUGCCUCCACUUUUGUUUCUUUUAAAAGAAUAUGUCUUAUUAAUUCAUUGAUAACAACAUAACCUAUUCAUAGAAUUCAUAUGUAUUACAUAUACAUGAUUCUUAUUAAUUGUAUGCAAAUAUGAUUUUAUGGUUUUAAUCAUAACUUUUAUAGAUGUUACACAUGAUAUAUGUAUAUUUGUAAUGUACAUAUGUACAUGAAUAUGUACAUAUAUGCUUACAAUACCAUGUAUUUAUACAUACAGAAGAUAAAAACAUACAAACUUGCUAGGUCACAAAAAGUUUGCAUGAAAUUGAGAAACUUCCAAGUGUAAAAUUAUGACAAUUCAAUAUUAUAGAAUUAAGAUACAUCUUUUUGUAUAUAUAACUAAGUUUAAUUCCAUUUAGUUUAAUCCUAUUACUUGAUUGUACACUGUGUAAUAUUAUUCUUUUAUUUAAAGAUGUUCUUUUUCUUAUAAAUUGUAUACUUAAAAAAUUGAUGUUUUCGCAAUUUCUUUAAUUUGGUUAAACAUAUAAAAAACUGUUCUAUAAAUAAAAUUCACUAUUAAACUAAAUAUAUAUGUCAAAUUUAGGAACAUCAAACACUUUGAAAUAUAAUAUCAUUCAUUACGAAUGUUAAAUUAAAAUUUUGAGCUUAAUUAUUGUUUAUAUAUUAUUCUAAAUAAAUAAUUCAGCAGUACAAUUGGUAAUUAUUGAAUGAAGAAACUAAGGGUAUUACAAUAUAAUAUUAAAUACAUAUAAACACAAACGAAUAUGACAAGCGAUAGAAAUAUAUAUUGCGCUAAGACAUAUAGUUUAAGUUAGUUCAUUUUAACAUCUAUCUAAAGCAUCAAUUUUAUGUAAAAUUUGUUAAUGGUAAUUUAUAACACCUAUUUAUUUUUUGAAGCAUAACAAAUAUGGGAAAUGAACAGAAUAUAUAUGAUGUGCUUGUUAUAAAUAUAGGUAUUAAUAUUUCCAUUAAAUGUAGGUAUUAGUAUUUCAUCAUAAAAAUGAAGAAAGUAGAAGACAUGAUGCAAUAAUGAAAAAGAGCUUGAAAAAUUUUGAAUUGAAAGAUAAAAAAGCUAUGAAACAAAAAGCAACAUCAUACUGCUAGUAUAUAUUAAAACCAUUUCUCAAAAAAAUUCUGUCAACUAAUUGAAGAAGAGUUACAAAAUUUUUGAUAAAAUUCUUGCUUUAGCACAAAUAUAUAUCUACAAUGUUUCCUAUUCUAACUUUGGUUUUGUCAAAAAUGAUAUAUUUAUUUAGCAAACUCAUAAUUUCAAUAUUUUGUAAUUGUAUAAUAAUUGCCUACUGUUUGCUUCCAGUUAUGACUUUACAUGUCAAUAACAACUAUAAUUAUACAAUUUGUAAGUAAAUGUACAAUUUUAUAAUGCGACAUAAAAUAAAAUAAAAGAUUAUUAUGAUAAA